CUGGAUCUGCUUUUAGAGCUGGCUCAGAGAAAUGUGACAGGAAUCCAGUGGGUAGCCAGUGAAGCCUGGGUGACCGCUAGCCUGCUGACCUCACCCCGCUUCCACCUUCUCUUAGAGGGCACUCUGGGCUUCUCCUUCCCUGGAGUCAGGAUCCCUGACUUGAAAGAGUUUCUGUUGAAUAUCCGACCCUCUCCCAUACCUGGGAUGGAAUUUGUUAACAUGUUAUGGGAAGAGCUGUUCGGCUGUAGGCUAGAGUUCAGAGGAGAGAAAGAAAAUGAAGCAGAUACCAUGGAUAACUUUGUGGGAUUGGAUGAUUUUGGUUACAGAUUACACUCUCAAAACAAUUCUGGGUCCUCAGUCAGGCCUAUUGUAGAGAAACCACGCACAUUCAGGGCGUCAGCUGAUGAAAACUAUACAGGUGCUGCUGAAAAGCCUGUAUGCACUGGUUCAGAGGAUCUGAGGUACACUGACAGCAGUUAUAGUGAUGUAUCUCAGGACAUAAUAUCCUAUAAUGUGUAUAAAGCUGUAUAUGCCAUCGCUCAUGCUCUGCAUUCUUUACUGAUCUGCAAUUCUACUGGAAAAAAUAAGGGGAUAUGUGACAAAAAUAAAUCAUUUACUUCUAGUCAGUUGCUGCAUCGUCUGAAGAUGGUGAAUUUCACCAACCAGUUUCAGGAGAAGGUAUAUUUUGACUCUAGCGGAGAGCCAGUCCCCCUCUAUGACAUCAUUAACUGGAAGAAGGACAGCAAUG